AUGGCCUCACUGCAAGAAUCCUUGGCGGGUCCAGGAUAUGUGAUUCUCAAUGCCAUUCGCGUCAUCAAUAUAAUCGUCUUUCUUGACAUCACCGCUGCUAGUGCGGUGAUGUUGGUGAAGAUCUCGCUGUUGACCAGCUUUUUCUUCUUCGAGGCAGUCUCUCGUGUGGCUACGGCCGGAGUCAGCAUCUUCCUCAUCAUUUCCGAGCUCCCCAUCUUGCGCGGCUACUUUGACCGCAAUUGGCCUUUACUAGGGCAGGAGUCGGGCUUCAUUACCUUGGCAAUCGCGAUGCUGGUACUGGGAGUGGGUGUGUUGGGCGACCUCAACACGAAGGCGACAAGCCAGGAGUCACUGGGCAUGCCGUUUUGGCGCCUCGUCCUCUCCGCUGGUAUAUUAUCCAUGAUCAUGAGCGUGGUCAACGUGGCUGCGAGCUUCGUGUUCUCUGACCGUGACAUCGGAGUCAGUGCACGACAUGUCCGCCUCUAUGGAGCAGUGGCGCCCCAGAAAGUGGUAUCGCGAGCUGGAAGCCAACGGUCAUUCCAGCUGAGCAUGAAGCGGGAGGAAUCUUUGCCAACAUACAGCCCGCAGAGCUCGGUGCGGAGACACAUGUCUCAGCGGAACAGCACUCGCUUUCCACUCAAGAUUUCCUCACCACUUAAUCCGAUGAAUCUCAGCGACGCGGCAUCCAUCAAGUCAUUCCUCAUUUUCUUUGCGCCCAUCAUAAUACCGCGAGCCAUCAACCUGUACCGCAGCCUGCGCGUGUCGAUAGCGACAAGGCCCCCUCCUCGCCCCGUGCCGCACGAUGCCGCGCGCGCUCUGAACCUCCUCUUCUUCGCUAUCACCUUCUUCCUCCUGCUCAGCCUCCCCUUCAGCCCGCGGGCCCCGCCGCAGAGCAUCUUCACGCUCACGCACUCGCGCAUCAACACCGCCAGCGACGUGCUGUUCGCGCGGCUGGCCCGCCUGCGGCCCGCCAACACCCUGUCCGCGACCGACCUCCUCCUAAAAGCAAAGCUCACCUCGCUGCCGGCGCGCAAGCUCUACCUCCGCUUCGGCCCGGACGCCCUGGUCCGCUGCCAGUUCUGCUCGCUCGACCACCCGACCACCUACAUCCUCUACUACCUGCCGUGGCACGUGCUGCUCCCGCAUCUGGGCCACAUGGCCCUCAUGGGCGCCGUCACCGCCCGGCCCCUCACGGGCCCGGACGCCAGCCGAUGGCGCAACAAGUUCACGCUCGCCGGCUGCGCCCUGGCUCUGCUGGACCUGUACCUGGCCUUCGGCUACGAUCCCGUGCAGACGGGGCCUGCCGCCGUGCGCGCCGGGUCCGUCACCGUCCCCCCCGCCGCGUAUUACCAGCUGGGUCUGCUGCGGCCGCUGGCCCUCGCCGUCGUGGAUGGGAUCGCCGCCCUGUUGAUCUACCUCUCCGCCACCCGCCGGUUCUUCUACGCGCCGCCGUCCCAGGCCGAGCAGGUCGGCCAGCUCGUGUCGACGGCGCUGUCCGCGCUCGGCGGUGCCACCUCCAAGCUGCACGCCCUGAGCGUCACCCGCAACACGGUGGUGCGCGACAGGGUGCUCAAGGAUCGCGAUGAUGCCUACUGGCGGACGGUGGUGGCGCUGGAUGUGGACAACCCGGCGGCGCUCCGGGAGGGGGGCCGGCAGGUGGUGAGGGAAGAUGGGCCGGGCGUGCCGGCUGCCUCGUCGGCGGCACCAGCGUCGAUCUGGGAGGAAGAGGAAGUGGUCCGUGCCAUGUCGCGCGCCAUGGCUGGGCAGGGCGGGGUGGACCUGGCCAAGUUGGGGAUGGACGCUGCAGAUUAUGUAAAUACCAUCACCAAGGGGCUGGAUGGUGCGGGUCAGUAG